AUGACUCAAGAGAAAAUGGAAAUCGACUCUGAACCCAUGACCACAAAGCUCAACGCAAUGUCAACUCUCAUGGCUUCAGCUAAAGCUGAUAAUAGGGUCGAAAAAUAUAGACCGAACACUUUAGACGAAGUUGUUUCUCAUCAAGAUAUCACCAACACAAUCGAAAAGUUUAUAGAAGCUGGUCGGUUACCUCAUUUAUUGUUAUAUGGACCGCCUGGAACAGGAAAAACAUCAACUGUACUCGCUCUCGCUAGAAGACUAUACGGACCUCCAUAUCAAAAACAUAUUCUUGAAUUGAACGCUUCGGAUGAUAGAGGGAUAGAUGUGGUAAGAGAUCAGAUAAAGAGUUUCGCAAUGACCAAAGUUCUUUUUUCUAAAGGCUUCAAAUUAGUUAUACUGGACGAAGCGGACAUGAUGACCCAAGCUGCUCAAUCGGCACUACGAAGAGUUAUCGAAACACAUACAAAAAACGUCCGAUUUUGCAUUCUAUGCAAUUACGUCAAUAAAAUCACCCCCGCUAUUCAAUCCCGUUGUACCAGAUUCCGCUUUUCACCUUUGCCGGAGAAAGAGGUGCAGCGGAAAGUAGAUGAUGUGGUGGAGAAAGAGGGGGUCAACCUGACUGAUGAUGGACGUGCGGCAUUGCUCAAAUUAUCAAAAGGGGAUAUGCGUCGAGCAUUGAAUGUCUUACAGGCCUGUCACGCCGCAUAUGACAAAAUCGACGAGAUGGCGGUUUAUACUUGCACUGGAAAUCCUCAUCCGAGAGAUAUCGAAAGAGUCGUACAGAGUAUGAUGGCGGAUGAAUUUGGGACUUCUUAUUCUUUAAUCACCUCUUUGAAACUAGAAAAGGGUUUGGCAUUACAAGAUCUUAUUUCUGGAGCAUACGAUUUCCUUCAAACUAUUGAGAUGCCUCCUUCUGCAAGAGUAUAUCUCUUGGAUCAUUUAGGUUCGUGCGAACAUCGAUUAUCUCUCGGAGGAUCAGAAAAGAUGCAACUCACAGCUCUUUUGGGCGCUUUCAAAAUUGCCGUAGAACUUUCACACAAGGCGAAAUCGUAA